AUGAAGUGCUCCGUCCUCACCACCCUUCUCGCUGUCGCCAGCACAGCCAGCGCCCACUACACCUUCCCCGAACUCGUCGUCAAGGGCCAAAAGACCGGUCUGUGGCAAUACGUCCGCAAGACCGCCAACUACCAAUCCAACGGUCCCACAACAGACGUAACCGCCGACGCCAUCCGCUGCUACGAGCUCGCCCCGGGUACAGGUUCAAAGACCUACACCGUCAACGCCGGCGACUCCGUCGGCUUCACAGCCGCAUCCAGCAUCUCGCACCCGGGCCCCCUCCAAUUCUACCUCGCCAAGGUUCCCGAGGGAAAGACAGCUGCGACCUGGGAUGGAAGCGGCGAUGUGUGGUUCAAGAUCUUCAGCCAGGGCGCUACCUUUUCUGGUGGGCAGAUGAACUGGCCGAGCAACGGCAAACAGGAAGUCGACGUCACACUCCCCAAAUCCCUUCCUUCGGGCGAAUACCUCAUGCGCGUUGAGCACAUUGCUGUGCACUCUGCGUCCACCAUCGGUGGUGCGCAGUUCUAUAUCUCGUGUGCGCAGUUGAAGGUUGAGAACGGUGGCAGCGGUACUCCGGGACCCAAGGUUGCUUUCCCGGGUGCGUACAAGGCGGACGACAAGGGCAUCCAGCUCAACAUUUACUACCCGGUUCCUACUAGCUACACUCCUCCCGGCCCUGCUGUGUGGAGUGGUUAG